AUUGUCAUAUUUAAAGCGGCGCUGCCGGCACUUUUCCUUUCCUCUGCCGCCGGCGCCUGCAGCAGCGGGACGCAGCGGAGGCCGGCGCCCGGAGCUAGCCGGGGCAGGGCGAGGGUGGCUCCCUCCCCCUGCCGGCGGAGCUAUGGCCGUGGUGGGCUUUGACCUGGGUUUCCAGAGCUGCUACAUCGCUGUGGCGCGGGCCGGCGGCAUCGAGACGGUCGCCAAUGAGUUCAGCGACCGGUGCACUCCAUCGGUGGUUUCAUUUGGAUCCAAAAACAGAGCUAUUGGUGUCUCAGCUAAAAACCAGCAAAUCACUCAUGCUCACAACACAGUAUCUAACUUCAAGAGGUUUCAUGGCCGUGCAUUUAACGAUCCUUUUGUUCAGAAGGAAAAAGAAAAUUUGAGUUAUGAUUUGGUUCCUAUGAAGAAUGGUGGAGUUGGAGUAAAGGUCAUGUACAUGGAUGAGGAGCAUAUCUUCAGUGUGGAACAGAUUUCAGCUAUGUUAUUGACUAAAUUAAAGGAGACUGCAGAGAGUAACCUGAAAAAGCCAGUAACAGACUGUGUUAUUUCUGUUCCAUCAUUUUUCACAGAUGCUGAAAGGAGAUCCCUUCUGGAUGCAGCUCAGAUUGUUGGUUUGAAUUGUCUUAGAUUAAUGAAUGAUAUGACAGCAGUGGCUCUGAAUUAUGGAAUUUAUAAACAAGACCUUCCAGCUCCUGAAGAGAAGCCACGGAUAGUGGUGUUUGUUGAUAUGGGACAUUCUGCGUUUCAAGUAUCAGCCUGUGCAUUCAACAAAAGUAAACUAAAGGUACUUGGCACGGCAUUUGACCCUUUCUUAGGUGGAAGAAACUUUGAUGGAAAGCUGGUAGAUUACUUUUGUGCAGAAAUAAAAGCAAAGUACAAACUGGAUCCGAAAGCAAAAGUUCGAGCUCUUCUUCGUCUAUAUCAGGAAUGUGAGAAGCUGAAGAAACUGAUGAGUUCAAAUAGCACAGAUAUUCCCCUAAAUAUUGAGUGUUUCAUGAAUGAUACUGAUGUAUCUGGAAAAAUGAACAGGUCACAAUUUGAAGAAUUGUGUGCUGACCUGCUGCAAAGGAUAGAGAUGCCUCUACUUUCACUAAUGGAACAAACACAACUGAAAGUGGAAGAUAUAACUGCUGUAGAGAUUGUGGGAGGAGCAACCCGUAUUCCUGCUGUCAAAGAGAGGAUUGCUAAAUUCUUUGGCAAGGAUGUCAGUACAACACUGAAUGCAGAUGAAGCAAUAGCUAGAGGCUGUGCUCUGCAGUGUGCAAUUCUUUCUCCAGCUUUUAAAGUGAGAGAAUUCUCUGUGACAGAUGCUACACCAUUCCCAAUAUCUCUGUUGUGGAACACAGAAGCAGAGGACACUGAAGGAGUUCAUGAGGUCUUCAGCAGAAAUCAUGCAGCACCUUUCUCCAAAGUUCUUACAUUCUACAGGAAAGGUCCAUUUGAGUUAGAAGCUUUUUACUCUGAUCCCAAUGGAGUCCCGUAUCCUGAGUCAAAAAUAGGUAGGUAUGUUAUCCAGAAUGUGGCAGCCCAGAAAGAUGGAGAGAAGUCUAAAGUCAAAGUGAAAGUCCGUGUCAAUACUCAUGGCAUUUUCAGUGUGUCCACUGCAUCCAUGGUAGAACCAGUUAAAAGUGAAGAGAGUGAAGAUGUUGGUUUUGAGACUGAAGUGGAAUCUCAGGACCAGAGGCUUAUUGAAAACUCAAGUGAUGUGCACAUGCCUUCUACAUCCUUUGUGCCUGGGCUUUCAUUUCAGAAAAAUAUCCAGCAAGAGAACAGUGAGGCUGGAACACAGUCCCAGGUACAAACUGAUGGUCAGCAAACGUCACAGUCUCCCCCUUCAUCAGAACCUCCCUCUGAAGAAAACAAAAUCCCAGAUGUCAAGAAAACAAAUGAGAAGAAAGGUGAUCAGCCCCCAGAAGCUAAAAAACCCAAGAUAAAAGUGAAGAAUGUGGAAUUGCCUAUUGAAGCUAACUUGGUUUGGCAGUUAGGAAAAGACCUCCUCAAUAUGUAUAUUGAAACAGAGGGGAAGAUGAUUAUGCAAGAUAAACUGGAGAAAGAAAGAAAUGAUGCAAAGAAUGCAGUGGAGGAAUAUGUGUAUGAGUUCAGGGACAAGUUGUCUGGACCCUAUGAGAAGUUUGUUUGUGAAAAGGAUCUGCAGGGGUUCUCUGCCCUCCUGACGGAGACAGAAGGAUGGCUAUAUGAAGAGGGGGAGGAUGAAGCCAAGCAAGUGUACGUAGACAAAUUGGAGAAUUUAAAGAAACUAGGUACUCCGAUUGAAAUGCGCUAUCAAGAAGCAGAAGAGCGACCAAAGCUAUUGGAAGAAUUGGGACACAGGCUUCAGUAUUAUGCUACAAUAGCUGGGGAAUUCAGGAAUAAAGAUGAGAAAUACAUCCAUAUUGAUGAAAUGGAAAUGAUGAAAGUAGAGAAGUGUGUUAGUGAAGUGGUGGAGUGGAUGAAUAAUGCUGUGAGUGCACAGGCUAAGAAGAGCUUAGAUCAGGAUCCAGCUGUGCAUUCAAGUGAAAUUAAGGCAAAGCUGCAGGAGUUGAGCAACGUCUGUGAACCUGUUGUGACACAACCAAAACCAAAAGUUGAUUCUCCUAAGGAAGAAAACCCAUUAAAUGAACGGAGUGAUUAUAAAACAGAAGACAUGGGAGAAGAUGACAAAAAUUCUGAAAUGCCUCAACAAAAUGGUGAAUGUCAUCCAAGUGAUCAAAACACCAUUAACAUGGACUUGGAUUAAAGCACUGAACUUGCAGCAAGUUAUUUCAUCCCAUGACAGAAGAUAUUUUUGCUGUUGUACGUGAUGGAGGGGGUGGGAUUGCAUUGUUUUGGGAACUAUUUAUAUUUUUUUUCUUAAGACUUGUUUGGGAUCCAUUGUGUUAUAGGAGGAAGAAUAAGAAUAAUGUUGGUCAUGACUAUCCUAAAAGGAAAAUUGCCUUGGUAACUUUCAGAUUCCUGUGGAAUUGUGAGUUCAUACUAAGCUUCUGUGCAGUAUUAAAUCAUUUGCAUCACUAAAGAUGAAAAGAAGCCCUUGCUCUGAAAUACACUGCUCCUUCAAAAGGUUGUAAUCGAAACCUUCGUAGGCAUUUGUAGAUGCCAAGGUAGUUUUCUUUUGUUUGGAAAUCUAAUUGGGUUGUCAGUAAAAAGCCAGUGUCUGUCCCACUCAUAAGGACGUUCCAGAAGAAAUGUUUCAGUUCUAAGGUUUUUGGUUAUCGCAGCUCAAAGCACUUACCAGGUAAUAAGAUGGUGAAAUGUGUUAGUAGCAUGCAGAAGCGUUUACAUUUCAUCUCUUGCUAAACAAUACAUUUUUUUUUCAUGUGGGGUAAGGAAAUGCUAAUUCUGUUAGUGUUAUUGUGAAGCUUUUUAAUGAGCUUUAAAAUAAAGUUCACUUUACUGGUA